UGAAGCUGUUCCCGGUCACCUGUGAGUACAUCAAAGGUGAGAAGCAGUUCUACUACAGGGCCCAGAAGUUCUACGAGGACGUCCCGGCCUCGGAGGAGGGCAUGAUGGGGGAUUUUGUGGAUAUUUCCAACGUGGAUCUGGAAGGUUCCCAGCAGUUUCUGAAGAGGUUUGUGGGCCCUGGAAAGGCGGGGACACACUGCGCUCUGGACUGUGGCUCUGGGAUUGGACGUGUGACCAAAGGCGUCCUCCUCCCCGUCUUUGAGAAGGUGGAGAUGGCAGACAUGAUGGAGCACUUCCUGCUCCAUGCUCACGAGGAGUACCUGGGCGCCGACGCCGAACGAAUCGAGACGUACUACUGCUUCAACCUGCAGGAGUUCACGCCCCCCAAGAACAAGUAUGAUGUCAUCUGGAUGCAGUGGGUGGCGUGUCAUCUGACCGACAAGGACCUGAUGAACUUCCUGUUCCGCUGUAAGAAGAGCCUGCGGCCAAAUGGCGUCAUCGUGAUGAAGGACAACAUGGCACGGCAGGGCUGCAAACUGGACCCCAUSGACAGCAGCAUCAGCCGCCACUUGGACAUCAUGAAGGCCAUCAUUGCCAAGGCGGGUCUGGAGGUCCUGGCUGUGGAGAAGCAGGAAGGCUUCCCUGAGAUCAUCAUGCCGGUCUGGAUGGUCGCCAUGAAGUAAAAAAAAAAAAA